AGAGGCAGAGAGAGGAGGAAACGAGCGUCAGAUCAGGCUGAGGCGCAGCGGCGUGAGGCAGCGUCAGAAACGUCAGGAAAGACUUGUUCAGAGGACCCAGCAGAGAAGGAUAGAUCUCCGAUCCCAACCCGUCUGACAUGAGUCUGCAGGUUUGCCACUGCGGUUGGUCCAAAGUUACCUCUUACCACGGCCUGAGAACUCACCAGGGGAAGAAGGGAUGCACACCCAGGGGAAUGCACAUCCCGGAGAGCAAACAGUUUACUUUCUUUCCACAAAGUUACAACCAACCAAGACUAAUCAGUUCAUUUGACCUCCCUAUGGGUAUUUUUAAGACUCCUUUGAUGUUUGAACCUUCAGAAUUUGAGAACCUGGAUGCUUUCCAUGACCUGGGAACUCAUCGUCGGAUGGUGGGACCCACACCAAAAGAAUUAAGAAUACCAGAGAGUAACCAGAACUUCCAGAGCAACAUGUUGGAGCAACCUAAUCAAAUGAACAACUGGUCAAUUGUGAACACUCCAGUAAAGGAGGAGAAACUGUUCAUCUCUCCAAACCUUCCCACCCAACUGAAUUAUGGGCUGACUCAAACACUCAGACAGGACAUGAACCAACGAAUGGUCAAAACUGAACAGGAUUCUCAACAAAUGGUUCCAACCUUGAAUACUACCACAGUUCCACUUGGUUCCCAGCAGACAGAUGCAUCACCACGGUCAACAGAUCUGGUGAACUCUCCACCAUCACGGAUCCUGCAAACCGAGUCCGACUCAUCACUUUUUCAGACUCCACAACCUUCCCGUCGUGGCUCUCCAUCCUCGGAAAACGCACGCAGAUCGCUUGACUUCUCUUCUGUUGUUUUGGGUGCAAUAGACUCAUUCAUUGAAACAAACACACACGAGGAUGCAGUUACUGACAAGAAGAAAGAAAGAGAGGCUGAAAGGCUGCUGCAGGCACAGCAAGACAAGAUGAAGACCCUGUUACGGCAGAAAAUUCACAUCCGGGAGCAAAAGAUGACUGAAGUCAGAUCAGCCGUGAAAAACUGCAAGAGUAGUUUGGAUGCUGAAUGGCUGCAGAUCCACACUGUCUUCUCAGAGGUGAUGAAAGUCGUGAACGAUGCCCGGACGAAAGCUCUCGAGCCAAUCGAGAAGAGGAGACGAAAGGUAAAAAGAGACGAACAGAGUCUCCUGCAGAAGCUGCAAGGAGAAAUUGAUCGACUCAGAGACUCCAUUGAUGAACUAGACAGAAGCCAGGACUUACAGGCCCUUUCACUUUCAAACUUGGAUAACUCCAAAGAGAUUCAAAAUCUAAAAGUUGACACUUCCUUCUCCUUUGGCACCCUGAAAGCAACAACAUCUACCAUGAUGAAAAACAUCCAGUGGCAUCUGGAAAACCUCUCUUCCCUCGAGCUCAAAAGAAUUACAACCUUUGCAGUGGAUGUAAAGCUGGACUCAGCCACGGCCCACCAGUGCCUCGUCCUGUCCAACGACGGGAAAAGCGUGAGAGACGGAGGAGAGAAGCCGAAAGCUCCUGACAAUCCGGAGAGGUUCGACACAUUCGGCAGCGUCCUCGGGAUCAAUCGCCUGAACCGAGGCAGGUCGUACUGGGAAGUCGAGGUGAAAAACAAAAGCGGUUGGGAUCUGGGUGUGGCACGGCGGAGUGCAAACCGCAAAGGGGUGCUCAAGGUCAACACGGACAAUGGUUACUGGGUGGCCGUGCAUUUCGAAGACAGGAAGUACGCAGCCCUGACGGUACCCCCCACAAGCCUCCCGUUGAACAAGAAACCCCAAAAAGUCGGCGUGUUUGUCGACUAUGAGGAAGCAGUUGUGUCGUUUUAUGACGUGACGAACAAGUCGCACAUUUUCUCGUUCACCGAGUGUCUGUUCAAUGACGACGUUUUCCCUUAUUUCAGUCCACAUCCUAAAGUGAAUGAUAAAAAUGUUGAUCCACUGAUUAUAUCUGCUGUAUAAAAGCAGAUGACAUUACAUUGAGUCGUAGGAUAUUGUCACCAUAAAAAUCUUUGGAAAAAUACCAUGUAAUAAUCACUGGUGUCACACGAGCGGUAACAAUUUGUAGCAAAUAAAUUGAACCAAUGUAUUUUAAUAUAUUAUAUUCUUUACUUUUAUUAAGUUAAUAUACAAGUUUAUUUUUUCAAAUGAACAUCCAUGACAUCCUAUUUCGCCAGCUAAGAAUGAUGUUAUGCUCAGUGGCUCAGACACUCUGCAAAAUUUGAAACAUACAAUUCAUGUAAGGCAGAUGACCAUUGAUCUUUAUACGUCAGGAAACGGCUACAAGAGCUUAACUCCUGACGUAACAUCUCAGUAGUCAAACCAAACUGGAACAUUUUUGAAGCUCCAGCUAUGGCACAAGGUUCAAGAAAGACUAGGUGAAGGCCGAUGACUGGCAACUAGGCAACAUUUCCCCUUACGUAACUCUUACAUAAGACAAAAUGUUAGAUCAGAUUCUUUUGAAAGUGCCAGGCUGACUUAAAUUUUCUCUGGUUGCUUAAAGCACCAACUGAACAACAUACGCAACUAAUAAAAGGCUAGUAAACAUUUCUCUCAUUCACAAGACACAAUCAAGACCCGUUUUUCCAAAUUCAAAUAUGUCCAGUCAUCAAAAACAGUUGCAGUCAUGGCGUGGAAGGUAAAGUAGCAUCUUUUAAAAGUUAAAGUUGAAAAGAUUGUUGAAAAAACAACAGCUGCAGGCUAGCUACCUAAGAAGAGAGCUAAAGUAAUUGUGUUAAGAAACCCAACUAUGAGAGGCACCACUGGCUACUUAUUUUAACAAACUUUUUUAAAAUUUAUUAUUUUUUACCAAUACUAGUGCUUCACUAUCGUCAAAAACAUUUCAACAGCAACUUAAAAAAACAUGCAACAUCUUAACUGGGAUACUUGAAACAAUAUCAAUAUAAGAAUGUCUUAAUCUGUAUAUUUUUUAAAAAGAUGAGAAGUACAGUUGGGAAUUUCUUCUAAUAAUCUUCUUUAGGGUUGUGGAAUAUGAUUGUGAUGUAGAUAAAAGUGAAUACAUAAUAUUAAUGCACUGUUUUAUUUUGAAAUCAGUUAAAAAUGUUUUGUUUGGCUACUUUAUUUGCAUGUGUUGCAGAAUAUUACCCCAUUCACUUUUUCCUUGUUUUUUCUCUGUACAAUUUUGGUCACCAACACACUGAGAAUGUGUUGGUUUUUGACUUUCUGCAGAUCAGAUGUAAUGGUGGAAGUGACAAUAAAACUUCAUUGUUCAAAGAAAUGCAAAUUGAGGACACACACACAAAAAAAGUAUGUUUUUCUUCAACUGUAAAAUUAUUAUAAUAAAAGGGAAGGUAUAUUUUGAAUGAUAUA